AUGGCCGAGACACAGAGCCUCUCGCCCUAUGGCACUGCCAGAGCUACAGUGACCGACCAACCUCUGAGCAAGGACGAAGUCGACAAGAUCAACCGUUACUUCCACGCCAGCAUGUACUUGUGCUUGGGUAUGCUCUACCUGCGUGAAAACCCUCUGCUGCAGGAACCUCUCAAGGCCGAGCACAUCAAGCCUCGUCUUCUGGGACAUUGGGGCUCCGAUGCUGGCCAAUCCUUCACCUAUAUUCACAUGAACCGUUUGAUCAAGAAGUACGACCUUGAUGCAUUCUUCGUCUCCGGUCCCGGCCACGGUGCUCCCGCCGUCAUUUCCAACUCAUAUCUCGAAGGAGUCUACUCCGAAGUCUACCCUGACAAGUCUCAGGAUGCUGAGGGCUUGCAACGCUUCUUCAAGCAGUUCUCGUUCCCAGGAGGCAUUGGCAGUCACGCAACCCCCGAGACCCCUGGAAGUAUUCACGAAGGUGGUGAGCUCGGCUACUCUAUCUCCCACGCUUUCGGUGCCGUGUUUGACAACCCCGACUUGAUCGCCCUGACCAUGGUCGGUGAUGGCGAAGCUGAGACUGGUCCUUUGGCUACCAGCUGGCACAGCACCAAGUUCCUGAAUCCCAUCGUUGAUGGUGCAGUUUUGCCUGUCCUCCAUCUCAACGGAUACAAGAUCAACAACCCCACUGUCCUUUCGAGAAUUAGCCACGAGGAGCUAAAGGCUCUCUUCAUUGGUUAUGGUUGGGAGCCCUACUUCGUCGAAGGAUCCGAUCUCGACACCAUGCACCAGGCAAUGGCCGCCACCCUAGAAAGAGCUAUCACCGAGAUCAAGGCUAUCCAGAAGAAGGCGAGAGACUCUGGCAAGGCCGAGCGCCCAAGAUGGCCCAUGAUUGUUCUCAGAACACCCAAGGGCUGGACCGGCCCUCGCACCGUCGAUGGCCACUUCCUCGAAGGCUACUGGAGAGCUCAUCAGAUCCCUCUCACCAACGUCCUCAAGGACGCCGACCAGCUCGCUCUGCUUGAGAAGUGGAUGCGCAGCUACGAGCCUGAGAAGCUCUUCAAGAACGGCAAAUUCAUCGACGAGCUUCGUGAGAUCGCUCCUAGUAGCAACCGUCGUAUGACUGCCAACCCCGUCACCAACGGUGGUCUUCUGCGAGCCAACCUCAGGAUCCCUGACUUCAAGAAAUUUGCUCAGACCGUGAAGAAGCCUGCCGCCGAGCAAGCACCCAGUAUGAACCUGUUCGCAGACUUCUUGACCCAGAUCGUCAAGGCUAACCCUACCAACUUCCGUCUGUUCGGUCCCGAUGAGACACAAUCCAACAAGCUCGGUGCUGUCUACGAUGUCACCCAGAAGGUUUGGAUGGCCGAGUACUUUGAAGAAGACAAGGACGGCGGCAAUCUCGCUCCUGCCGGCAGAGUCAUGGAGAUCCUCAGUGAACAUACCGUUGAGGGUUGGCUGGAAGGCUACCUGCUUUCAGGCCGCCAUGGCAUCAUCAACAGUUAUGAGCCCUUUAUCCACAUUAUUGACUCCAUGGUCAACCAGCACGCAAAGUGGCUCGAGAAGUGCGCUGAGAUUUCCUGGAGACAGGAGGUUGCUUCGCUCAACAUCCUACUUACAUCCACUGUCUGGCGUCAGGAUCACAACGGCUUCACUCAUCAGGAUCCUGGUUUCCUUGAUGUCGUGGCAAACAAGUCGCCUGAAGUUGUUCGUAUUUACCUUCCUCCGGAUGCCAACUGCUUGCUCAGUACAAUGAACCACUGCCUGGAGUCAUCCAACUACGUCAACGUUAUUGUUGCCGACAAGCAGAACCAUUUGCAAUACCUGAACAUGGACGAUGCUGUCAUCCACUGCUCAAAGGGUCUGGGCAUUUGGGAUUGGGCCUCUAACAGCAAGGGUGAAGAGCCUGACGUUGUCAUGGCCAGUUGCGGUGAUGUCAGCACACAAGAGGCUCUCGCUGCUACUGCUCUGCUUCGCGAGCACCUUCCCGAGCUCAAGGUUCGCUUCGUCAACGUCGUGGAUCUGUUCAAGCUUCAGCCCAACGGCUACCACCCCCACGGUCUCAAGGACGACGAAUACGCCGCCAUCUUCACCGACGACAAGCCCGUCAUCUUCAACUUCCACUCUUACCCCUGGUUGGUCCACAGAAUGACCUACAAGCGCAAGGGCCAGCAGUUGAUGCGCGUUCGCGGAUACAAGGAGAAGGGCAACAUCGAUACUCCUCUUGAGCUGGCCAUCCGCAACGAGACCGAUCGUUACAGUUUGGCUAUCCUGGCCAUCGACAGUCUCAAGUCUGUUCUUGGCAACAAGGGAUCAUCUACCCGUGAACACUUGCUCAACACACGUACUCAUGCUAUGAACUACGCCUAUGAGACUGGUCAGGAUCCUGAUGAUUACGUCAACUGGACCUGGAACUACUAG